UAUGAAGUUCUGCAUCACACAACUGUCGAUCAACCAUUUCACAGUAACAUUUUUAUUCUUUUAGCAAUGGCAGUAUGGAAUUUAUUAGUGUCCUUCAUACUUCUAAUCUUCAACCCAGGGUUCAGUACUGAAGACACUGUGUUUGUAAAGACAGGAGAUUUUGUUCAACUGGAUAUACAGAGAGAUAAACUACCUGAUGAGUUUGAUGAGGUAUUCUGGCAGAAUGAAACAUCAGGCACUAUAGUGAAAUAUUAUAAUCAAUUUAAAACAGUUAAAGAUUACGAUGACUACAAGGACAGAGUGGAGUUUAACACUGAAAGUUUCUCUAUAACACUAAAGAACAUGAAGAAGACAGACAGUGGAGUUUACAGUGCAAGAAUAGCUGGAAAAAAAGAAAUAUCUGUUGUACACAGAGUAUCUGUUAUAGAUGCAGUGAAGUCUCCGGGGCUGACUGUCAUCUCUACCUUUCCAAGCACUGACUCAUGUACUGUAAACUUCACAUGUAGAGCUCAUAAUCUCACACUUCACUCCACUUAUAAUAAUGGUAACUGCUCUCCAGAGGAAGUGACAUCACAUGAGAAGUUAACUCUCAUCCUGAUCUGUAGUGAUGAAACCAUCAUCUGUAACCAUAGCAACCCUGUCAGCUGGAAAACAGACAGAAGAGGCAUUAAACAGCUCUGUAAAGGUAAAAGUUUGCUCCUAGACAACAUACACAUACAGGUACACACACCGCACAAUGCUUUUAAUAAGGAUGCAACAAUAGCAGAAAUCCAGCAGAGAUCUCACAGAUCCUGA